GAACAGCGGGAGAUUUUUUAGAACUACACACACGAGAGCUUAGCAACGCAGUAUGGCAGGAUUUUCAAGACGGAUUUUGGCAACAGACACUCCCGUCAUGGUUCAGGUUCAAGAGCUUCUUCAAGGAAGAAACGAUGUUGUCUCGCUUGCCCAGGGAGUUGUCCAUUGGCAGCCUCCACCGCAAGCUCUCGAGAAAGUCAAAGAUCUGAUACAGGAGAUUUCUACAAGCCGCUAUGGCCCAGACGAUGGCCUUCCGGAGCUUAGGCUUGCACUUUCCGAGAAGCUUAAGAAGGAAAACAAGCUUUUCAAGUCUUCGGUGAUGGUCACCGCUGGUGCAAACCAGGCCUAUGCGAAUUUAGCACUCAGUUUGUGUGAUCCAGGAGAUUCCGUGGUAAUGUUUGCUCCAUAUUACUUCAAUGCGUACACGACAUUCCAAAUGACUGGCAUCUAUGACAUCGUCGUGGUUCCCAGUCAUCCAGGCACUUGUCAUCCAGAUCCAGAAAUGCUGGAGGAAGCUCUUCGUGAGCAUACCCCAAAGCCGAGAAUUGUUAACGUUGUGAAUCCUGGAAAUCCUUCUGGUACUUAUUUACCAGAGGAAACACUCAAGCGAAUAUCGGAGCUGUGCAAGAACGCUGGAGUUUGGCUCGUUGUAGACAACACGUACGAGUAUUUCAUGUACGAUGGUCGCAAACACGUUUGCAUCGAAGGUGACCACAUACUAAACGUCUUUUCGUUUUCCAAAGCUUACGGCAUGAUGGGAUGGCGAAUAGGAUAUAUCGCCUAUCCAUCAACAGUGCCCGGCUUUGGCGAGCAGCUGCUCAAAGUCCAAGACAACGUCCCCAUUUGCGCGUCGAUCAUCGGGCAAAAACUUGCUCUGGCCGCUCUAGACGCUGGUCCUCAAUGGGUCCUGGAACGAGUAGCGAGACUAGGCAAGAACAGGGCCAUGGUUUUGGAUGCUCUCUCGCCGCUGGGCCAAGGAGCUGUGAAAGGAGGCGAGGGGGCGAUUUACUUCUGGGCCAAGCUUCCGGAGAAAUUCCCAGACGAUGUAGCAGUCGUGAAAUGGCUGGUUUCCAAGCACAAAGUUAUGGUGGUUCCUGGUAGCGCUAGCGGAGGAAAGGGAUGCAUUCGAAUCUCCUAUGGUGGAUUGGACGAGGGGAGCUGCGAAAUCGCGGCGGCGAGGCUUAAAGCCGGCCUGGAAGAGCUUGUUCUUCGCGGUUGUGUCUAGGCGGGAAAAAGUUUUAAAAUUUGAAUUUGAAUUGAUUUUUAAA